UAUUGGACAUUUAAGCUGAAGAGCGCGUUAUUUUGUCGUAGCGUUUCAGCAGUAACUCAAACUGUAGAAUGCAACACAUUGAGAAACUACCUGAAGAGCUAUGUUGCAAACCUAAGCCGCUUGUAGUCUUUUCUGGUUUGGAUACAGAAAAAAAUCAAGUUCAUCGAUCAGUUUGGAGGGCUUUCAACACCAGUAAAAGUCAUGAUCGUGAAUCGUUUAAUUUUCGCUGUCGACCAAUUGACUAUCAAUUUCCGAAGCCAAAGUAUAAGCAACCAGCCUCUUAUGAAUGGUUUCUACCAAAAGGUAUCCUUAAAACUGGUUGGAUGAGAAAACAUUUAGAAGAAAUACCAGCAUUCGUAGCUUUGUUUUAUGAUCUUGACUGGGAUGAACCACAUUGGGAAGAAAAGUCAUCUGAAUGUGCUCAGAUGGUGGCAACUGUUAGAUCAAAAAUUGUCGGCCGAGAUAGCAAACUGGUUGUUGUUCUUAUUCAGAAACGUGCUCCAUUACCAUUGGGUGAAGAUCUUAAUGCUAUGGAUCGAGCUCAGUCGUUGUGCACGAAAUGUGAUCUUCCAGGAAAGAAUUUAUUUGUCUUAUCACAUACAAAUCUACUUUAUGGAUGUAUUACAAGAUUAGAAGAUGAGUUCCGUGAUAUGGCUGCCAAUUAUUACCACAAUCAAGCGAAGAAAGUGAAAUCACACAAAGAUUCACUUAACAAAGCUAGUCACCAGUUACUGUUUGUGCGUCAUGAGUUCAAAAUUGCUUUCUACUGUGAACUGAAGCAAGAUCCUGGAUUGGCUCUAAAGCAUUAUCAACAGGCAUAUAAUCACUUAACAGAAUUGCGAAUGUUAGAUGCUCAUAUGCUGGAAGUGAAAACUGUAGCUGGAUUUAUAAACUACAAGAUAUGCCGGCUGGCUUUUCAGAAUAAUGCCUCUGAUGCAAUCUCACAAUUUCGAAAACACAUUAAUUUCUUUUCCAAUCUUGUUGGCCUACCACAAUUGGCGUUUGAGCAUGAAGCUUGGAUGUCUAAACAAUUUGAAAUUCUUGGUGAUCUUUUUCAAGAAGCUAUCAAAUCGAGUCUUACACCUCUUAUGACACAGCAUCCUGGGCUAUAUUAUCAAGAAGCUGCUAGACAUGCUAUCUGUCGGCGUCAGCUGUGUCAAGCUUUGUGCAUCCCUACUGUGAAAGCUGCUGAAAUGAAUGCAGAUGAUCAAUUAUUUUAUCCCUUGUCAACUGAGCCAUAUGAUUCAACUAUUGGAGUCGAGGCAGCUUUAGUCGCAGACAGUGGUCUCUAUGCAGAAGAUAAUGAUAGUAUACUCCAGUCACCAAACUAUUCAGAAUCUUUUAAAUCAAAGCGUACAACAGUUAAUACUGCAGUAGAGUUUGUUCGUGCCCAAUCACCUCUUUUCUUCAGGAAACAAAUUUCACCAGCUGCAGAUAGUGCUGCCUUGUCACCUCCUCAUUCACCUAAUCAGUUAUCUCCAGUUGAAGGGACAUCAGCUACAGAAAAAGUUGACGGUCUUGAGUUUUAUGGUCAACGACCUUGGCGUCAAGGGAUUCAGAGCAUCGAACCACCUAAUCCAAUCAAAGAACGAGAAGGAAUCUUAAAUCUACAGAGAGAGGAACUUGAAGUGGAUCAUUCUACUUUUAUUAUCCCAUUGCUGGAGCAAACUCGACUUCAGUACAAACGAUAUAAAGCUGAACGAAUGAAACUGUAUCCAUGUAUUUUAAUGGGUUCAGAAUAUUAUGAUAAACAGGAUUACGAUAAAGCCCUGAGUUGUUAUUUGAGUGUGAUCAAUGAAUAUCGUAACGAGAAAUGGUGGUCCCUGUACUCUUUCACACUGAAACGAAUUGUAACGUGUGCAUACAUAGUCGCUCAACCCACAAUAUUUCUGUCCUCAUGUUUGGAACUACUUGGUCCUAAUAGCUUGAUAUCUAACUCUGAGAAAAUACAAGCUCAACAGGCUAUUUUUGAUUUUCUUAAGACCGGUGUACCUAAUCUCAUAAUGUUUGCACCUGAACUUGAUCAUACCGUGAAAAUGAUUGAAGAUGGAUGGCAGAAACAAUUAGACCUACUAAUGAAUAAUACUGUUAAUACCCAACCAGAAUCUUCACAUAAAGAGAUGACUAGUCAAAAUUCAACCACACUAGACGAUAAUGUUUCUAACGAUCAAUCAGAAAGCAAAAAAACCGAUUCAUCCUAUUCAGGAGCAAAGUGCAAAAUAUCUUUGGAUAUUACACGUUUGAUUACAUGUAUCCAGUGCAAAGUAUGUUUUACGCAAGGAGAAUACACUUAUGGCCAACCAGUUCAAUUGGCUAUAUUCCUAAGGUCUUUCGCUCCUUUACCACUUCUCAUUCAUCAUGUCACAGUGAACUUCUCUCACAAGAUUGAAUAUUCUCCAUCUGCAAAUAUACCAUCUAAUGUCAUAAACAAGCCUUUAUCUGCGCAUACGUCGACUCAUCAAAUCUCUCAGACAUGGUCAUCUAAAUUUCUUCUAGAAUCUAAAGAGAAAUUCAAAGUAUUAUUACUAUGCUUAAAUCCAGAAAUUCUUGGUAAUCAAAUUAAGGUUGAUUCAGUUAAGUUAGGCUUAUUGCCUCCUGAUUCGAGCUGCAAUGAUACAGAUACUGUCAAUGAAUUAAUCUUGUGUUCAGUAACAUGGCAAUGGAAUACUAUGUCAGAUUAUCAUGCCUAUUCCGGUGAUCGCAAAAUUCCUGGUCAUAAACAACACAGUCAAAGAAAGCAUCAGCAUGAAACCAGUUUGAAUCCUUCUGUUCAUAAUAAUAAUAAUUGUGGAUUAUGGAGUAAAGAGGUGGUUCUUUCAGUACCAGAACGUCAAAUACAAAAGAAUCCUCUCAAAGUUGAACAUAAUGGAUUUAUAAUUAAUCAUGAUUUUCCUAAUCUUCCACCAGAUUGGGAGGUCAUCGGAAAUAGAAUUCGAACAGAAAUGCAUCAUCCACCUUCAGGUUUAGAAAUCAUUACACAACAAAAUAUUUCUUUACUGGCUAAUGAAAUUUCACAGAUCACCUUAACUAUUCGUAAUCCAACUCAAAGUGAUUGCACAAAGCUAAAUUUAACUGCUCGUCUUCUCCCUAAAGAAACAGAACCAACCGAAGGUGCUUCAAGUGUUGUUGUUAGUACUUUGGCAACUACAACAACAGCUAGUCCAGAGUCGACUGCAGCAGAGAAUUAUUUAAUAAUUGGUGAUUCAUCACAACUUAUUACUCAUAUGGAAAGUAAAACUGUCCAUUCAUCGCCUAAUAAAUUAGGUGUUUGUUGUGUAAAACAGUUAGAUGACAUCCUGGCAAAUCAUUCUACAUCAGUAACAAUUUCACUAUGCUGUUCAUCAGUUUCAACUAAUUCUCAUAUAAUGCAGACACUAUUGUGUCAUUUAAGUUUUUCAACAAAAAUUUUACCAUGUGAAUAUUCAGAUUACUUACUGUGUUUAUCCGAUGCAUCAAAUGAUAUCACAACAACUAAAUAUCAUGUUGUCUCCGAAUGUAUGAAGUCAUCUGUAAAGAAGAAGCUCGAACAGUCAACUUUAAAUGCAAUUGAAUCCACGUCUACAGAAAUUCAGUGUACACAGAUCAUUGAAACAUGUAUCACAAUUUCGUCUCCUUUCGAAUUCGAUUGUAAAGUACUCUCGUUGACACAAAAUCACGUAUCAAAUUUAAUGGUGAAUGAAGAAUUCCUUUUACUACUGACUUUAACCAACACUGCUAACUGUGAUCUCGAAAUCCAUAAUCUAUGUUUGGAUCUGGCUGAUGAGAUAUCUUCUACCAAUAAAAGGGAUGGUGUUUGCGUCAAAAAUAUGAUUGUUCAAGCAUCAGAAAGCUGUACUGAAUGUCAUAUGUUGUUAUUAACCGAGACAACAGAUUCAUUGAGAUCAAUUAAUCUAGGAUGUUUAACUGUCAACUGGUCACGUAUAUCAAACUCCGAUAAUUCUGAUAUGAAACCUUUGAUAGCAACAUCAAAGUUCACCCUCCCAACACUCCCUGUUUUAAAUUUACCCAUUCAAGUUUGUGCAGAACUUCCAGCCUUUGGUGUUGCUCUCACCGCCUUCCCAGUCACUUUUAUCUUGCAUAAUAAAACUAUCUAUGCACAGGAGGCAGUUUUUCAGUUGGAAUCAAGUCAAGGUUUUAUGUUUUCUGGUCAACAAAAGGUGAAACUUCGCUUAUUGCCUAGUUCACCUCAUUAUCUGCACUAUACACUUCUUCCUUUAGUAUCCGGUAAUCUAAGGUUACCCCGCUUACAUGUUACUUUAGAGCGUUAUUCAACGUCAUCAGCAAAUACACCGAAUGAUCAACUCAAUAUACAUUCACUAAUAGAAGAAAAUCUACUUCGAGAAAUUCCAACACAUUUAUUAAUAAUUCCAUCAAGUGAAGGCCUAUUCGAAUCUUCAUCGCAGGAAAAUUCAAUGCUGAAUGGAAAGAAGGCGAUUACAAAUGUGUGAUUUUUGUUGUGUUUCUUUGUGUUAUUUGAUAUUUUAUGCUCUCUAUAAUUUACGAAAAUAUUUUUCUUUUUUGAAUAUUAUUGUAAUAUUUUUGAAGUGUUGUUCAUUUCACUACCUGAAUGUAUGUAUGUACAUAUCUAGGUGACUUCAUUGGGUUUUUUUCCUUCACACACACACACAGAGGAAUAGUAAUUUAUAAAACAAGAUGUCUUACUUAACUUCUUAUUUGUCAAUAUUUUGCUUUUCGCUUUCUUUUUCUUAUAACUUCUUAUAAUUACACUCGAAAGAUAACUAAUUUUUCAUAUAUAGGGGGUUUUUAUCGAAAAGUAAAAAACAGCAUUCCUAACGAAUAAACAAUUCGUGGCUUUUUAUUUUACCUAAUUGGAAUUUUUUUAGAUUUUUUCUAGUAUUGGUUUUGUAGGGAUUUU